AUGAAAAUAUUUCUUUUGAUUGGAGUCGCAUUAUUGGGAAGCGCUUUAGCUCAGAAUUCUGCAGCCCCAACAAAGCAACCUAAGCCUACAAAGCCACCAAAAGCAGGUCCAGUCGUCACUUGCUCUAACAUUACCCGUUAUGAGCCUCGUUCAUGCUGCCCAUCAUUUCCAAAAAUUGAUAAUAAGGAAAUCAUCAAGUGUGGACGUCAAUGUGCUAACAAAAAUGAUAGUCACAUUUGCUGUGUUUCAAAUUGUACAUUGAAUGAAAUUAAAGGUUUUAAUGUCGAUGGAUCAUUCAAUGUUAAAGCAUUGACAGACUUUUUUGCCAAAUAUUCCAACUUAAAAAAUAAGACAGGCUAUACUAGCUUGGUGGCUGAUAUAGUACAAAAAUGCGUUGCUGGAUUGUCUGGUAAAGCAUGUCCCCCUGCAGAAGUUGCAUUCUGUACCUACAGACAGCUUUUCAUUCAAUGUCCAGACAUGAAAAACAGCACAAUUUGCAAAUCUGUCAAAGAUGCAGUUCCAACCUGUCCAAGUUAUCCAUUGAUAGGAGAAAAUGAGAAACCAAAGAGCAGUAAGAACGAUGCAAAGCAAGCUGACAGUAAAAAGGAAAAUGGAAAGAAAAAUGAUGAAAAGAAGCCAAACGAAAAGAAGGAAAACGAAAAGAAGAACAAUGAUAAAAAGAAUGAUGGCAAAGGAUCUAACGUACCAAAAGGAAAAAAUAAAACAACUGCAAAUCCAGCUGCUAUCAAUGGAACAACUCCUAGUAAUAAUGCGUCUGUUGAGCCAAACAAAGCUCAGAAAGGAAAGGCCAAAGAGAUCAAAUUUCCACAAACAACACAAAAACCAACAACAGCUGUUAGUGGCAAUAAUACAACUCACAAGAGUGAAUCAAGAGAUGGAGCUUUAGGCCCCCAAGGUCCAGGAUUCCAACCUUAAUUUUUUUCCGUAAAAAUAAAGAUAAAACUAAUUAAAGUUUAAUAAAAUUCUAAUUUUUU